AACAUUCCGGUUUUUGUCCAGCGUUCCCAGAAGGUGCAACAAUGGAGCGCAUCGUAAGCGCUAGCCACAGACGACGAAUUUAUUACCUGUGAGGGCAGAACUGCCUCUCCUAUCCUUUUCUCUGCAGUAUCUGGAGCCGGAACAGCUGCGCGCAAAAUGUCAGCCGCAUCCUGCCCAGGUGUCACGUCGACCCCAGCAGCGCAGACAUCGAGCGAGGUCCCUGCUCCCAAGUUACUUCCGGAACUCUUCGACCAAGUUAUCGAUCACCUCCACGACGACAUCCCGGCCCUCACGAGAUGCGCACUCGUCAGCAGAGAAUGGACGUCCACCGCGCGAUACCAUCGUUUCAACACACUCAAAGUGAACCUUCGGUACGACGACUACACGAAGCUCGGAGAAGUGCUGUCCGCCUCUCCAGAGAUCCGCCGUCUCGUGCGCGAGCUCUGGAUAACCACUCCGUGGGACGACAUGGAGACGCUCACCAGCCCUUACCUUGGGCCGCUCACCUGGCUUCCGGUCAUGGAAGCGACAGAGGAACUCGUCCUUAAGGACCACACACUCGAGGAUGAUGAACAGUUGGACUACGAUUUUCGCCCGUACUUGCCCGCGUUGAAGCGAGUGCACUUCUACGCAGGUAGACUCGGCGUUGGCGUUAUCGACCUGAUGUCGGGGUCCUUCCCGGACAUGGACACGCUCCGCCUCACCCAAAUCGGAAGGCUGAUCCGCAUGCCCCGGUCCCGCCGCCGCAGUGGCCCUCAAGUUGUUGUCCCGCCCCCGAGACUACACACGCUGGACUUCCAAAACUUCUGCCCUACCGUGCUCACCUUCACGUCCCAAUGGAUGGCCCGCCAUCCCAAUGCGAACUUGCUUUCGACGUUGCACGUCCAAUGUCCGUUCGUUUGCACGCGCGAGGCGCAGCCCAUGUUCGACCUCUUUGGCCCCCUCCGGCUGCACAGCCUUCAUAUCGGGAUCCUCACUUGGAUGGACGGGCAUAAAGAACUACACAGCGCUCCCCCGACGACCGCUUCGUUGAAGCCCUGCACACAGCUCCGCGAGUUCAGCAUAACGAUUCAGAUGUACGACGGGGUUACGCAGGAGUGGCCGCCCGUGCUAUUCCACGUUCAGAGGAUCCUACAGAGUCUGUCAUCACCGGUCCUGGAAAAGCUCACCAUCGCGACGCGAGGGAGCUUUGGGAAACCUUGCCCGGUCGAUAUCAUACAGGAACUGGAUUGGAACGCCAUACAAGACACGCUGUUGGGGAAACACUUCCCGAUCUUGCGGACGAUAGUCAUCAAGGGGAAGGGAGACCGGCAUGCGUUGACUGCUUUCGUGAAAGAGAAGUGUCCGGAGCUGUAUGGACGGGGAUUGAUACGCUUCCUGUCGAUCCCAUCAACGUUGGACUGGAGUUUGGACCCGUGAUGAAAAUGUAUCACUCUGUAUUACAAUUUCACAAGUACAAUCAACCUCGUUCACGACAACAUGCGGUGUUCGACGACACGGGACAAGAAACCUGAUGACACAAGGAGCGACGAAUUGUUAAAUAACACUUUUGGAAUGAAAGAGUCUCUACGCUCAUGAAUUGCGAAUCUAAUCCGCGUUGGUAGUAAGGACUCCGUCUUCGUAGACGACUUGCUUGCCCUU